AUGAAAGGAUCCUCAAAACCAAAAAUUUACCUACCACAGAAGCAGGUUUCAUUCAGUGCGGUCCGGUCCGUUGUUAGUAAACAAAACCCCACGAUACCUGACACUAACAGCAGUGUACAUACGCUCGAUUACAGGCUUUCACUUUAUUUUAACUCAUCGAAAGAAACGAUGUCAGGUCUUACCCGGGAAGUGAUAAAAUGGAUCCAAAGUUUAGAUCUUACAUGGCAGAUUAAAACACCAAAAUGGGAUCUUACAAAUGGAUAUCUAAUAGCAGAAAUAUAUUCAUGGUAUUUCCCACAGGACAUUCAUAUGCAUUCUUACAAUACUGGAACUUCUUUGGAUUCUAAAGAAAAGAACUGGUCUUUGCUUAAAACUUUUAUAAAAAGGCGCCAUUUGGACAUCCCUGAAGAACUGAUCCAUGCAACAAUACACUGUAAAGAGGGAGCUGCAGCUUUGAUGGUGGAAAAGAUGUAUGAGCUAUUAACCAACAGACCAGUGAAAAAGGAAACAGCAGAUGAUGAAAUCACUUUCACAGACAGAGAAUAUCAAAUUAAAUUGCCUAUGCAUGCCAGAUCAACAGCGUCACAAGCCGUGAAAAACAAUCUACGCAUCACCGAAACAAUGGCAGAUUCUAAUCUAAUUCUUGCUGCACAUAAGGCACAAAAUAUCCUAGAUAACCACAUAGAGCACAGGAGAGAAGAGCGGCUACAAGACCCGAAACGAUUCAAUGUCAAGCCAACUUUAGGGGAGCGCUGUCCUCGUCGGGCCCCCAAAUUAUCAUCAUAUAAAACAGAAAGUACAGUAGUGCAAGAGAAAAAUGUAGCUAAUAAGCAAGAUGAUGGUAUCAACGUACACAGAGAAGCAACAGUCCAGUUUAAAGAAGUACCAGUUAGACAACUUGACAAAGCUGCCAUUUACAGCAUGCCCAUUGCCACACAGCCAGGAUAUUGAGACAAUUAAAACUGAAUAAUAUCAUACAUAAGUUUAGUGAGUUGAGAGAAUUGUGCAGGGAAAGUUACAUAGCCUACUUGCUUGACUUAGUAGCUUUUUGCGCAUUCUCACACUUUGCAUUUUGAGCGAUACUUGACACACUUGAACAGUAUACAUUUAUUUUAUGUAACUGUCCGUUAUGAAUGUGAAACAACCCUAUGUGUUUUUCGCAUUGCAAGAUUGGCACACCACAAAAUUGUCCUUCUGUGUGGAGCUAGGUCCAAAAAAUUAUAUGCUAUAUCUUGUACAUCUUGAUACCAGAUAUAUGUUGGUUUCUUUUGUUACUUUUAUUUUCUACUCUAAAAGCAGUGUUUGGCUUCAAUUUUAAAUCUUUUAUAAAUAUUUACAAUGUUGUGAAA